UUCAAACAGUAGCAGUGUAUUUUUGUUUAAAGUUCGUAUUAAUCUACGAGAAGUAAAUGUAUCUACAAAGAUAUAUUCUCUAGUUCAAAACCACACGGAAAGGAUUCGACAGUAUUGUGUUGGUUUUUUUUUUUUUUUUUUUUUUUUUUUUUUGUACUCCGCAACGUACCGGCCACUAUCAUAUAAUGCUGCGUGUGGUUCAUCUUGGUGUAGAGGAGGCAGUAACGUCAUUUAUGCAUAGUUGAAUUUUUAUGUGAUGCAAAAUCUGUCUGAUGUUCUGGUGUAGUUUUACUUCAGUUGCGUACGGGAGGAAGUAAAAUGAUUACUAGGUUUCACCCGUACCAUGGUGGAAAUAUUGUUUUAUUCGAUGACAACACCGUGGCCUAUCGCAAAGCAAGUUUUGCCAAUGCACUUGCCUUUAGUGAAAAGCCUCUUCUACCUGGGGAAAUCUUCCUUUUAGAGAUAGAGAAGAACGAACGCGGCUGGAGUGGUCAUAUGCGACUAGGGCUUACUCAGCUUGAUCCACAGACUGCUGCUGCUGCUGUGGGUGGUCUGCCGCAGUAUGCGCUGCCUGAUUUAGCCAACAUGGGAACUUCUUGGAUUUUUGCUAUUACAAAGUCUCAUAAUAGUAUUUAUGAGUACAGCGUAAUGCCAGACGGCUCCAUGCCGAGUUAUGAAAGACAUAAUGUGUUGGGUGAUGAACAUAGUAUACGAACGUCAAGAGGUUGCAUUCCUCGCAGCUUAUUUCGUUCUUCACCACCAAGUGCUGACCACCAGGUAUUGCCCACAGAUGUUGGCAGCAGAAUUGGUGUCGUUUAUGUACCUACGCAAGGAUUAGGAAGAGAGAGUAAUUAUGCUGAAAUGCAUUUCAUCAUUAAUGGAGAAGAUCAAGGGCCAUGCACAAUAGACAUACCAUACAAAGAAGGACCCUUACAUGCUGUUAUCGAUGUUUAUGGCACAACAAAGCAAGUUAGGAUUGUACAGUUAUAUGGAGUGUCUACACUGCAGAAUGCAUGUCGCGAUGCCAUAUUACAGUACAUCAAGAAGGCAUCAGUGGCAUCUUUACCACUACCAAAGACACUAAAGGAAUAUUUGUUGUAUAAGUCAUGAUAAAAGGAAUAUGCAAGUAUGAAUUGUAUCCGAGAGGGAGACGUGAUGUUUUACAUAUAGUGGAUGAUAGUCAGAAGCAGAUUUUCUUGUGCAUCUAUCCAUUACCUGUGUAAUAAUAUCCACUCUUGAUAUGAAGUGAUAGUCAUUUUUAUUUAAGAAAAUGAGGUCACUGAGUAAUGAAAUAAAGUCACUCAUGAUUCAUUUCUCAAAAGUAGCAACCGUAUUGCAUUUUGAACUGUGUGAACCAUCAUGAUGCUGGUAUAUUGGUAGAGGCAUUGUGAGGACGUAAAGUAACGCUUACACUUAACGAGUCUGCAGUUACAAGUAAAUACGCUUACAUAAUCAUAGUGAACUGUAAAUUCAAAACUCACUCUGAAUAUCAUAUAUUGACACACAGGACUUCUCACAUGGAAGUCUGAGGUGUGUAUUGUUGAAGUGAUACGAAAGGAAGUUCUUUUGCCAGGCAAUAUUUUGUUCCAGAUACGUCCGUCUGUCAUGUAAAUUCAGAAUAUGUGGUUAAGGAAAAAAUUGCUGGUAACAGGUAGAUUAGUUACAUGAAAGCAUCUUCAUUUAAAUAAGGGAGACUGGAUAUGUUACUAAUCAUCCACUGCCGCUUGGUGACAGACACAUUCUACCAAAAUACAUUUCAAACAGUACUGUAUAACUGAAUAUAAUAUUUUGCCUCGACGCCAUCACCA